CCUCCCUUUAGUGGGAGGGCUUUAUGGGAGUCAUGUGAUCAGUAAACUACAAAACAAGAGCUAAGGUUAACCCUCGUGCAGUCUACAAUUCUUCUGCCAGGGAGAACGCUUUCUACCUAGAGCAGCACUUGCAACUAAGUGUGGCAAUGGCUUAUGUGUGGCUGGGCAUUGCUGUUUUAUUGCAAUGUCUUCUUACACCAGUGAAAUUAUGUGAAAUUCCAGAGGGUAACACUCGCCUGAUCCGUUCCUUAAAUCUGAAACUACUGCGAUCAACAAUUGACAACUCUGGUGAGCCCAAUCCAAGUAUCUAUAUCGGACUUCGUCUUUCAGAAGACCACAGUCUUGAAAGAGAGGCGGAUUAUCUCAAAAAACUUAAAACAUCACUUGAGACUAUUACUGCAAGCUCAAAGACCAACAAUCAAGAUCAACCAACUACCGGAAUUCUAGCUCUCUACCUGAUGGCUCUGAAAUCAUCUUGUGAUGAUAUGGAGAAGCCUGAAAUGAUGAGGUUAAUCACACGCCUUAAACACCAGCUCCACAAGGAAAAGAAACAAAUCAAUGAGAAAGAUGAUCCUCUGACCAACUACUUCCAGUACAGCCUUGGGCUAAUAGCUUUGUGUAUACAUGACAAAAAGGUGGAUGAGCAUGUGAUUCAAAAACUGAUAAAUGUGGAAAAAAAGGAUGGGUUUGUCCAUGGUGAUACAGUCUCUGUAGACACAGAAGCCAUGGCAGGACUUGCAUUCUUGUGCUUGAAAAACUCAGGUCUGUAUUCGCCUACCCUGACAGCAGAAAUGAACCUUGCCAUCGCCAAUGUAAAGCAAAAGAUUAUCAAGUCUAAAAAUGCAGAGGGUGCCCUUGGGAACAUUUACAGCACACCGCUAGCUGUACAGUUUCUUUCUGCUUUGGGAUCCACAAAAGAUAUCGAAGAAUGUCCGAAGGCAAUCAGUGUCCUGCUGGAAGCAAUGAAACAGGGGAAAUUCUCUAACCCAAUGAUGAUGUCUCAGUUAAUGCCUGUUUUGCACCAGAAGUCUUAUCUGGAUGUAGCUAAUAUAAAAUGCACUGGUAACAAAGAUAACCUGGUUUUAAACCCCAGUACUGGGAUGCUCCCUGAUGUUGUAGUGGGUGAAGAGCGGAUUAAUAUUAUGAUAACUGUUGAAUCACCCUUAAGUGAGCCGGUCACAUUUGGUGUUGAGGCCCCAGCACGGUCCUCACUACUGGACAUCCUCAAGUCAGCAGAAAAGCAAAAUGGGAAUUUCAUGUUUAAGACAAAAGACAGCUUGUAUGGACCUUUUCUGACAAUGGUAAAUGGAGUCACAGCCACUUUAGCGGAAAGAACCUACUGGCAGCUUUUGAAGGAUCCCAACACUCCCCUUGAAGAAGGUAUUGGAGAUUACAGACCUCAGGAUGGAGAAGUAAUUACUCUUCGGUUGAGUAAAUGGUAAAGGGGCUCCUUUCCUGUGUCUUCCAUCCUUAGCAUGGUCCUUCCACCCACUGGGACAUUGUCUGAUUCACAGAAACCGUCCCAUUACUAUCUAUAGUUCUGUCUGAACAAUAGGAAAUAUUUUGUAUAAAGGUAGUAUAAGUACUCACUAUCAUUGUGAUUCAUGUGCUUCUCCAUACACAGAGUCUCAGAAACUGCCCUUUCCAGGGGGACAGCUAGGCACACACUACUGGCAGUGCCUAUACCCCAAAACUGCAACCCUUGUAAUUACUGUUCACAUGUUGUUUAGGGGAAAUCAAUCAAUUAUAUUUUAGUGGAUUGUCUGUAUUGUGCUAAAAUCUAAAAUUUUGUAAUGUACCCUAAAAAUAUAAUAUUUCUAUAGUGCUGUUAAUCAGAAGUUUUAAUAAAUGAGAUUUUGCUAUACAGGAAA